AGACUCUGCUGCCUGGUACACUUCGAGGCUGUGAGGAUGGAAGCCGAGUCAGCUGAUGCUAACGAUGCAAACCAGUCUUAUCUCACUCCCGCUCCCGCUCAUAGGCAUCCGCGAAGAAGAUCGUUGAGUAUCGAUGAAGAGCUUCUUCACAAUAUGCGGUUAUGGAAGAGUUCACCAAGGCAUGGGGGAAAAGGUCCUAGUCAAGAGGACAAUGACACAGAUUUCAUGAAAAACUUUGGAACCAGCCAGAGCAAUGAACGAUUUGACGAUUUAUUUGGACGCAUAUCCUUGGAAGACGGCAAGACCCCUUCAAACUGGUAAUGAUCAUUUUGUAAUGUUCGAAUCGUCUUGGAGAAAAUUGUGCCUAAACGCAAACGCUGCAGGCUGUAUGUUCCAUUCGAAGAUCAAGAGCAGUGCUUUGCAAGCUCGAUGAGCCGAGGAUCUGGAGGGUCCCCUUCAGCGGUCAGGAGGCUAAGCAUGACUGGAAAGGAGGCGACUACAACUGUGAACAACGAUACGACUGCUUCCAACAGCGUUCCUCGUGAAUCGUAUGCCUCCAAGUCAGCCAUACCCUCCAUAAGAGACCGGAAAUUAGAGAAGCGUGGUGUUGCUGAGUCUGAAGGUAUCCUCGCUGGCAAACCCUCCAUGUUGCCGCGACCGCGUGUAUCUCCUCGGUCUGUUGGUCUCCGUAAAGGGUCAUUUCCAGAUCCCCCACCUCUGUCCCCUGGCGUAGCAUCACCAAGCUCCAAGCCAUCCUCCAUCCCGAAGCCCCCAAGGAUCGUACGGCCCAGAGUUGUAUCAUCUGCUGGUUCUCUCAUCCCUUCUCCGUCGCGAAUUCCUCGCUUGACCCGAAAGAAUUUGCCUACAGCUCCUCUUGAACGUCAAGUCCAGAAGGAAAAGAAUUCAAAAGCUUCUAAGGCUCCGUCAGUGGAGGUCAAGCAGGGAAAAUACAACAAUCUGCUGGGAAGGUCAAGGCUGCCUACGGAUCCCAGCGCGAGUGAUGGUGGCGUAUCACAGGCCCAGCAUAGGACGUCCGAUCGAAGGGCUACAGAAACGAUGUUGCGAGAAAUUCAACCUUACUCCGCUGAUACAGCUUCCUGCCCUCCUGCGACACGCCAGUGUCCCUCAAAGUCAUCCCCGCUUGAUUGGAGCCGCCAGAUUCCAAGGAUUAAGCACAUUCGCCAUUCUGAGAACGAUGCCCUCAGACACGAUCAGCCUCCAACAACGCCGGAGAUUAUCAACAACAACCAACCAACAGGAGCUUCUGAAGAACUUUAUAACUCCGACGUUCCAGGCAGUCCUCCAGCACUGCUCAAUGGCGAUCUCUUUUUCUAUAACGCUGAAGACUAUGCGUCCUUGGGGGAAGAAUCACCGUCAACCUGGUUAUUUUCACCAUCCCAGAGCGCUUUGCCUUCUACUGAAACGUCACCAUCUCGGACAUCUCAUUCCUGUUAUGAAGAUCAGAGUUCUUUCCUGGAACCUAAUGUGUGGAGCAGCGUACCAACCUCACAUACUCCAGCGGGAGCAAAACCAGAGAGUAUCAUCGAACAGGAAUGUCUUCCACUGGGUGCAGAAUGUCUGUCAUCCAGUGACAGGCUGCCAGAUAAGCCUGCUAGCGGUUAUUUCGGUAUGCCUGAUAGCAUUGAGAGUGAUGUGGAGGCAGAGCAGGCGGUUGACAAUUUUGCACCGUUGGGGCCGCUUUAUUCGUGUGACGCAGACAAGACACGUCAAUCUGGAGAGCUGGUUGCGUCAGAUCUGAGAAUCGUUCUGCCCUCGCGAGACCGUCCAAGCCUAAGAAGGACCAGAGAUAGCAGCUGCAGUGCGUGGUCAAAUGGUGAGCUGACAGAUGAGGAGAGGUUACUGCUCCAGCUGAUGGCAUUGCAGAGGCGCAGCAGCGAGUUCGAUAUGAAAAGGGCCAAUGUCAAGGACCUAGCUGAACAUGGAGACGACAGGAGGAACAGAGGAAGUCACAAUGUUUGCUUCUCACAAGUUGAGCAGGGAAUAUUGGAGGCUCCACAAAGCCAAGUUUCUGCCCUUCCAUAUUUGCCACAACUGGAGUCGCCAUCAACAGCACCUGCAGCAAUCAUAUUGGAUCU